GGUAUUCUUGUCAGUUGUUCUUCGUAACGGGUUGGAUGAUGUGUUGAUAGGUAUUUGCGGAAAACGAAAUGUCCUCUGGUAUUUCGUGAAACUAAAUUUCUUGCUGGAUAAUUCUUGAAAACGGUAAGAAGCUUACCGAAAUAUGGUGUAAAAUUGUGCCACUCCGACCAUAAGAACCGUCAAUUUCUGGAUUAUUUCUCUUAGCACUCACCAGUAGGAUUUCUCGUCAUCGUCUCCUUGUCUUCGAAGGACUGACACAAUGGAAUUAUUCGCUUCUACCAUUUUCCUUGCCAUUUUUACCUUAUUGGAAAUUAAUUCACACCUAUCAAUCGAUGCUGCCAAUCUUCCAACAGCACCAAGUUCGCCCGAAAUACCAACAGAUGUGAGCGUGACAUGCAACAGUGAUCAGAUCGAAGUGAAAAUUAACACUAGAUCUGGAAGAUUCAAUGGGAUGAUUUAUCCCAGAGGACUUUCGAAGAACAGCACUUGCAUGGGAGAAUGGGUGCAGAGACCUGCCCCAAUUCGAUAUAAUCUGCCUCUCAGAGGAUGCAACACCAUGAGCACGGAACUGGAUGAUGGUGGAAUUGAAUACUUCAAUACCAUAGUCGUCCAACCACAUCUGAAACUUGUUACGAACCAAGGUCGAGGCUUUCACAUACGAUGCAGAUACAACACCCGAAAUAAUACUGUGAUGAAUGAUUCACUGAAAGUCGAUUUGAUGGCGGCAGAUACAUUGGUAGCGAACGCGCCCAUGCCAGGAUGCAGCAUGCGAAUAUAUUCGGAUUCGAAAAGGAAAGAAGUGGCGGAAAAUGUAAAGAUCGGCGAUCCGUUAACACUCGAUAUCACGCUGGAUCAACAGGAUGUGUAUGGACUGUGGGUGACCGACUGUCUCGUCAGGGACGGAUUGGGUUGGGGCGAACAGAAGCUGAUAAAUCGAGAUGGAUGUCCUUUAGAUCCGGAAAUUAUGGGACUGUUCGAAUAUAGCGAGAACAAGACGAGAGCCACCGUCAAGUUUCAGGCGCACAAGUUUCCCUAUACUCCUUCCGUCUAUUAUCAGUGCAAUGUCAAACUAUGCCUGAAGGCAGAUGGCGGAUGCAAUAUUGCCCCUCCGAAUUGCGGACCCAAGAUUGGUGAAAAUCGUGUCCGCAGACAAGCUCCCGAUCCCAGCGAAGGCAUUCCGGCGACCAUCGAAGUGUACAGCGGGCUUUACGUAAACGAAGCUAACGACCUUGCCAAGCCAGAAGAAGACGGCGUCUAUAGCGAGAAGACUUCCGACGAUACCAUAUGCAUCUCACAGAGAACAUUUGCGAUAGGAAUAUGCGUUGCAGGACUAAUACUGAUGGUUUGUGUUGUAUUCGCGACCAUGUGUUUGAUGGCGAGAAGGAGACCGAAGACAACCUCGCAUCUAGGAAGUUCCAUCUACAGCGGACCAUACACAAAUACCGCUUACAGUCAUACUUCUUAACAUCUCAAAGUAUAAUACUUUAAUGAACAAUAGAAAAUGGUGUCGCAAUCUUAAAUUUGCCAUUUUCUCAAGUAAGAAUAAGUCAGUAUAGAUACUUAUACACAUAUAACCCAAACAAUUGCCAUCUUUUUCCUAAGAAGCAGAAUUUAUUUAGAAAAAUUGUGAUUUUCACAUGAUUAUCUUAAGGGGUAGGUGGAGGAAUUUAUUAUCUCUUUCUCUAUAAGGUAAUGUUCAUUGAUAUUAAAUAUUAUAUGUUCCAUGAAUAUUACUUUAUGUCUCAACACAUGAAAUGCAUGUGUUUUUGGUCUUGAAUCACAGUAGCAUUUUUUUUUUGCGUGUAAAUAGUGGAAAUGUUAUUCUGGCUCUUGACCUAGAGGAACCUUGAAUUAUAAAUGAGAGCAUUUAUGUGAUCAGGAUGAAUAAAUGAUUUGUUCACA